AUGUCUGUAACUAAAGUCCAAAUAACUUCUCGAAAGAGACUUAGACCAUCUUCAGAAGAACCAUCUUUGUUGGAAACACCCAAAAAGUUUAAGCUUGAACAAAACUAUAAACUGAUUAACCUUCAGAAACUGGAAGAUGUCUUUACUUCGUCUACUGCUAAAGCUGUUAAUAGUUUUACCAGCAAAGACCUUACAGAAACCACAGCAAAAGCCAAACCGGAAGUCAUUGAGUCAAUCUCCGAAAUCAAAUUUUCAGCAAGACACCAAUCCAUUCUUUCUAUAACUCAUUUUAAAGAACCACUCAAAAUCCAAACUGGAUACCCUAUACCCGAGAUUGAACCUCACGAAAUUCUUGUUUAUAAUCGAGCCAUUGGACUUAACCCCAUUGAUUGGAAGGGCAAGAAAUACGGGUUUGGAAUUUACCAUUUCCCCUGGAUCAAUGGCCGUGAAUCGAGCGGAGACAUUGUAAAAAUAGGCAAAGACGUAAAAGGCUUAGCCGUCGGUGAUCGAGUCAUUGUUAGCUCUACAAGCUAUAGAGACAACCGCACCUCCACAUUCCAACAAUAUACUGUUAUUGACUCGCGGCUAGUUUGGAAACUACCCCAAAAUUUUACAUAUGAAGACGGAGCAACCAUUGGUGUAGGCUUGGUCACUGCCGGUAUCCUAUUAUACAAUUCAUUUGGCUUUGACCUUGACCUUGACCUUGACCUUGGACAAAAAAUCGAGGAACCGAGCAAUAUUGCAAACAAUAAUGGGGGUAAAGGCGAGGAAAAAACAAUUUUGAUUUGGGGUGGAGCAACUGUGGUUGGAAUAUAUGUUGCACAAUUGGCAAAACUAUAUGGUUUGAAAGUCAUCUCCAUAGCAAGUUUGAGACAUAAAUCAUAUUUGGAAGAGCUCGGGGUAGACGUUUUGAUUGACCGUCACUUGUCAACUGAGGAAAUCGAAAAGCAAAUUGAAGGUGCUUCUCCUAAUGGUAUUAGCUUUGGAGUUGAUUGUGUUUCAAAGGAAACUUCAGCCAAAGUUGUAAAUUUCUUAGAUCAACGCUCGAAAAGUCUACCUGAAAAGCUGGAGAAGCCUGCUUUUGCUGGAAUUGUUGGUAAGCCAAAAGAGACACCAACUCUGGUUGAUGUUCGAGAAGUAGUCAUCAAACGAUUUCACGAAGAUACUGAUUUUGGUGCAAAAUUCAUCAAGACAACAACACAUUUUCUUGAUAAGCACUUGAUCAAACCUGUUAAAUAUAAACAGUACAGAGGAGGUUUGGAAAUAUUGGAAGAUGCUUUGAAGGAUUUAGAAACCAUUGGAGCAAAUGGAGAGAAAUACGUUGUUAGUGUGUAA